AUGGACACGGUAGUGCCCGCCAUUGGCAGCAGUGAUCUCAACAUCAAAGAGGUGAUUACCGGCUUCACCAUUGAUGUAAUAGCUCUGACAUCUUUUGCAACGGAAACUGACGCCAAUGGCGCCCGAUCUCAGGCAAAUGCCUUUGUCCAGAACGGCCUUCGCUUCUUUCGCUUCAACCCGGUCCGCCUGGCGGCGGUGUACGCCCUGCCCAAAUGGCUCCUUCAGUGGUUCGGCAUCAAAACAAUCUUCGCCGAUGACACGCUGGAGUUUUUCGUCAACCUCAGCAAGUCAGUCAUCAAGACGAGGAGAAGAAAACAGGAAGAGCAGCAGCUGCAGCAGAAGUUAAAGGAAGAGGAAGUUGAAGGAGAAAAUGCUAGUCCGGAAGCUUUGAGUCAAAAACAGUCUCAGCAAAGCAAGCGCAGCGACCUUCUUCAGCUCCUCAUGGACGCCUUUGUCACCGAGGGCCAGCUGAAGAGCAUGGCCAAUGAGAGGUUGACCGUCACAAUGGAUAAUGAUCACGUUUUAGAUAAUGAAUCUACAAAUACUUUUACAAACACUCUUAACUGCAAAAGCGCCAACAAGAAGCACAUGCUUUCAGAAAAAGAGAUCAUAGCCCAGUGCAUCAUCUUCUUUGUUGCAGGCUUUGAGACGACUCAAGCCUCCGUGGUGCACUCCAUCUUUGAGCUACUAAAGAAUCCCGUCCUUCAGGAACGUCUUUAUGCGGAAAUUUCCGCCAUCACCGCCGAGACUGAGCCCGAGUCGGCGGAGUACUGCGAACGCAUUCUCAACCAGGCCCCCUACCUUGAGGCGGUGAUCAAAGAGACGCUGCGGAUGUACCCUCCGGUCAUUCGCAUCGAGCGCCGCCUGGCUGUGAACGACUACAAAUUGGGCGGCAUUCCCCUGGAGAAGGACGUCCUGGUGGAGAUUCCCACCGUUUCCGUCCACUACAGCCCCGAGUACUACCCCCAGCCGACGCUCUUCAACCCGGACCGCUUUAUGCCGGCGAACAAGGCAAAGCUGGUCCCCUACACCUUCCUGCCCUUCGGCGCAGGGCCCCGUAACUGUAUCGGCAUGCGCUUCGCCUACCAGGAGAUUAAGCUCUGCCUGGCGCAGAUG